AUGAACGAACUCCCGCAAGAGCUCAUCGAAAGAAUCUCUAGCUUUCUACCUAGAGAGGACUUGCGCAGUGUUCUUACUCUAACUAGCAAGUUCCGCUAUGCAGCAGAAAGACUCUCUGGGGGUUUUGCUGAAUUCGCAGUUACCGAAAGCAACUCAGCCAACUUCCUUACGCGCUUCUCCGGUCAUCGCCUCCUCUAUCUCAGAGAAGUAACGUUCCGACCAGAUGUCUCGGCGACGUACGACUUAAAGGGCAACGAUGAUGAUGACGACGGCAGCGAUGAUGAUGGUGAUGAUGACGACGUUGAUGGAGAUGACGAUCGAGUAUUUUGUCGAGAGAGUGCUGACGAGGUACGCGAGAGAGACGAGUCAUUCACCCGCCAGAUGCAAUUUUUGUUCGACAUCCUCCAACAAGUCGAAAAGCAGGCCGGAAAAUACCACGCUCCGGGCAGGUAUCGACUCACGAUCUACAACCCGAUAAGAAGAACGGAAAACGAAGACGCAUGCCCCCAUCGCUAUAUGACCAGCUGGCGCGUCCGGCUACUAGCCAAAGAACUACCUCCCAUCGCGUCCAUCCGAUCGUUCAGAAUCGUUAGUAACGACAGGAAAGGGUACGAGUACGAGUACCCUCCCUGGGAUGAAUAUGCAUAUACGUAUCGCCUUCGAGACAAUUAUUCCGAGAUGCAGGAAUCGAAGCUCGACCUGCGGAAUAUCUGGGUACCCGGACCGGAGGGUACGAAUGGUGCGAAACCCUGGAUGAAGAAGAAGAUCCGUGUAGUGGACACUACGAGCACGACUGGGCAGGACCGCGACGAGAUGCCCGACAUGAUUUCGCUGCCGCAGUUACCAGCUGUGUCGACAAGCUACCCAAAACGCUGA